AUGUCGGAUUAUGUGCCUAACUUCGUGCUCGCAGAGGUGCCGUCGUGGAGUGCGACUGACAAUCUCCUCAAUGACGAAGAUGUGAUGGGGCUCCAGGAGGAUCGCUCGCCGGUGCCAUCGACGGGGCGAGCUCGCCAGCGCACGCCAGGUCGGGAGGCAGACGUGGGAGCCCGUCAACUUAGCACGGAGCGGAAUGCGAGCCCCUCGGGAGUGACCCCGUCUCAAUCGACAGAGGUGUCCCAACCGGAUCAGGCGACGGACAACCCGGCGAGCGAGGCAGAGGCGCUGGGAGGGAUUGAGGAAAUGCUCAACACGUCCCUGGGGUCGGAAAGGCCGCACCCUCCCCCAUCAACUGGGCCAGUCCGUACGCCAGCUACCGCCCCCGUUACCCGUGCGCGCUCGGCUUCCUCGCUGACGCCGUCAUCGAGCACGGAGACGACGUCUAAGCCUAAGCGGGGGCGCCAGUCUCAGCCCGUGGCAAUGCUGGACAUCGAGGCGAACAAAAAGCGGGAGCUUCUGCCGCUACCAGCGGAAACUACAGCAAAGGCGGCCCUACCUAUCCUGAACGCCAACACCUUACGGGUUAACGAUAAGGUCGACGCUCUUCGGGCGUUGGUUGAAGGAGAAAAACAACAGCUCCAGCAGACUGUGCUGCGAAUGACAGACACCCUCGGAAACGUGGAGGAGGGCGUGCUGGCUCGCUUCCUCGAGAAGAUCGCGGACGAAACGAGCCGCGCUGUGCGCAACACCGUCGAAAGUCGCCUGGAGAAUGUCACGAAGCAGAUUGCGGAAACACAGGGGGCCAUUACCGCCCUGCGCGGGAGCCACAACGCCAUGGCGCACAGUGUGACCAACCGUCUGGGGCGUCUGGACCGUGCGGUGGCUCAAGGCGCAGACGACCUCAGUAAGCUAACGGACCAGCACUGGACGCUCGUCGACGCAAACUCCACUGUGCAGGACACCCUCCAGGAGUUGCGGCAGAACUACUACCUCGAGAAUCCGAACCCGUAUGCGCCUCCCAUCGAAGAGCAACAGACUGACGACGACGGCCCGGAGGACGUCAUCCACGUCGCUACGCUAGGGGCCCUCCCCAGCGACACCCCCAUGAACGCACAGAGCGACCGCGUGGCGUCUCAGCCCGCCGCGGUGGCGAACACCGCUUACGAGGUGGCUUUCCCGCCCACGUACGCCCAGGCCACGCACGCCCACGGAACUCCCGUGGCCUUCGGCCGCGCGCCCGCGGCUACGGGCGCCCCCACAGGUCCACCCCCACUGGCUGGUCCACGCGAGAACACCGGCCGUCGUGAACGUACUCACGGCGCUCGUGACAUGCCUACGCCUGCUUCAAAGCGACCUAGAGUGGGUAGUGCACCCGUCAUGCCCCGUCGCGGUGACGGAGGGAGUCAAGGCGGUGGACAAGCCGCUGCCACGGGUAGCGGCCGUGGUCAUGUUGCCACAGGGAGCGGCCGGGGGCACGCGCAGAAUGGUGAGCCCAAUGGUCGUGUUCCGGGGGCUCUGCUGCAAGGCCGAACACGCAUCAUCUUUGGACCCAUGAUGUGGACACCCGAGCGGGCGCAGGAGCAGUUCCUCGCGGCGACAAAGAUGGCACGCGACCGUGUGCGCCUUCGCGACAAGUCGAUCGCCAAGGUCACGGUGCAUACCACCAAUCCGCAGUUGGUAUGCGUGUCAUUCAAGUCCCAUGGCGAGGCAAGCCUCUUCAUGGACUGCUGGACGUUGUCCGCAGACCAGUGCCCUUACCCGAAUGUGACGGCAAAAUGGCAGAAUAUGUAG